GGAGGGGCUACAUUUGAGACCUUUUAAGUCUAGAGACUAUGAUUUUUCGUCAGUUUAUUGUUAGAGAACAAUCAGAAUCAUGUACAAGCUAGUCAGAUCAGUGGUAAUCGUGCUAUUGGGCUUGAGUGCAUGCUCCGGUCAAGAUGACAUCGAAAACUACGCGAAUAAUGGCAAAUCCGCAGUAGUGUCGAUUCGAAAUAAGGAUCAAGAUAUAUCAAUACUUAAACAAAUUCAUAGGCACAACGAGGACGGAUCGUACACGUACGGUUACGAAGGAUCGGAUGGAUCGUUCAAGAUCGAGACGAAAACGCGCACGGGCGAAGUGUCGGGCAAAUACGGUUACGUGGACGACUUGGGUAAGCUGCGCGUCGUCGAGUACGGGGCCAACAAGUACGGGUUCCAACCGGCCGGCGACGGCAUAACCGUACCGGCGCCCACGUUGGUCGAGCUGCGCCAGGAAAACGACGGUGAACCGGUGGAGGAGGAGGAGGAGGAACGAACCAAGAAACCGUCGCCCGCGUCCCGGCCCGGCAAGCACGCGUUCGUCCAGCAGCAGCCGCGGCCGGAACCGCAACCGCAGUUGCAACGCGAACCGCAACGGCCGACCACGGACACGGUCCGGUCGUCCGUGGCCGACUUCGACGACUACGACGCGGCCGGAUGGACGUCCGCGCAGUCAGCCGAACCGCAGCGCUCCGUCGCGCCCAAGCCCGCGGCCCGACCACGGCCGGCGGCCGGACGUUUCGGCGGUGCCGCGGCCGUCGCGGCUCGCCCGAAGUCGCCGGUGCCACCACCUCCCCAAGUGGCCGGAUCUUUCAGAGCCGCGCCGGAAACGGGAUCACCACAGCAGGCGCCUUCGGGAUCGUACCGGAGCGUGCAGGCGUUUGGCGGUGAGGCGUGGGCCGCGAGCCGAUCGGACGCCGAACGUCCGACCGCCGCGGUCGACCACUCGUACGACACGUUCGAGGAUCAGCAAGAGCCGGAGACGGAAUCGCCGGCGGUGUUCCGGGCGGCCGCGAAACCGGCUGUACGCAACGGCGGUGGUUCCGCCAGGGCGGCGCAGUCACCGUCGGCUGCCAACGGCUACCGUUCAGCGCCCCGGCAAAUGCGCACCAGCAGCAUUCUUGACCAGCUGGCCGAACAGUACGCGCUGCCCGAGUCCGGGUCGCCUGUCGCGCACAGCGUUUCGUUUGGGCUGGACCAUUGACGCGCCCUACCAAUGUCACGAUGUGCAUAAUUAUUAUAUUGUACGGUAAAUACUCGUGUAAAUAUUUUUAAGUGUACAUUACGACGAUGUAGUUUAAAAUCAAUUUUUAAUUUUUUUUUUUUACAUUUUUUUAUAUAAUAUAUACAUAUUGGUAUAUGACACAUGUGUGUUUUUGAAAAGAGCGUUUUUUACGGUCACGCGGUAGACAUGAUAAUAUAAUGCCCCGAGUGUAUAAUGGUACAUCAUCUUAGAAUGCAAUCGCGAAUCAGUCCGAGUUCAUGAGAUUCCCACAAUAGCACAGUAAUGUUUUACUGUUAACGAUUUAUCGAGGAAUAAAACUGUUGCACAAGAUUAUUUAUUCGUCAGGAUAUUUAAUCAAGGCUUCAACCGCACAUCGACAGUGCAGAUAAUGUGUCCAAUAACGUUGGUGUCUCUCUUUUGUUAAAAAAAAAUGUAAUGCGUGGCUUACAAAGAAACCAGUUUACCUAGAGUUAGAACACGGAAGGUUAGGAAUUUUUUUUUUUACAUUCAAAAUUAAUUUUACACCGAAAUUAUUAGUUUUAAUUGUCAGUUAAGAUUACAUUGUGUUGAUGAGAAUUUACAAUUAUAUUUUAGAUAACAUCUGCAA